AUGGAAAAAAGGGUAUCAUACUUCUAUGACCCCGAUGUGGGCAGCUACUACUAUGGACCAGGACACCCGAUGAAACCACAAAGGAUAAGAAUGGCACAUGCCCUGGUACUCAGCUAUGACCUAUACAGACAUAUGGAAGUGUUCAGACCACACAAGGCAGUAGAACCAGAACUCUUGGCGUUCCAUGAUCAUGAAUAUCUACAGUUCCUAUCAGGAGUUAGCCCAGAUAACUAUCGCGAUUUCGCAUACCAACUCAAAAGGUUCAAUGUAGGAGAAGCUACAGAUUGCCCAGUAUUCGAUGGAUUGUACGUAUUCCAACAAAGCUGUAGUGGAGCGUCUAUAGAUGCAGCACACAGACUAAACAACCAACAAGCUGAUAUAUGUGUCAAUUGGUCCGGUGGACUACACCAUGCAAAAAGGUCAGAAGCAUCAGGAUUCUGCUACCUUAACGAUAUUGUACUUGGAAUACUCGAACUGUUGAAGUACCAUGCAAGGGUCAUGUACAUAGAUAUAGAUGUACAUCAUGGUGAUGGUGUAGAAGAAGCAUUCUACGUAACACACAGGGUCAUGACCGUAAGCUUCCACAAAUUCGGAAAUUUCUUCCCAGGAACAGGGGAUGUUACAGAUGUAGGUGUUGCAUCAGGAAAAUACUACAGCGUCAAUGUACCACUCAACGACGGAAUGGAAGAUGAGUCAUUCGUAGACCUAUUUAAGGUGGUCAUUGGCAAGUGCGUAGAAAUAUAUGAACCUGGCGCUAUCGUACUACAGUGUGGUGCCGAUAGUCUAACUGGUGACCGUUUGGGGCGCUUCAAUUUAAGCAACAAGGGACACGCAGGAUGCGUCGCCUUCUGCCGAAGCCUUAACAUACCACUGAUGGUACUGGGAGGAGGUGGAUACACCAUCAGGAAUGUCGCCAGGUGCUGGGCAUAUGAAACAGGUGUUGUACUAGAUAAACAUGAUGAAAUGUCUGGACAGAUAUCGUUAAACGAAUACUAUGAUUACUACGCGCCGGAUUUCAACCUACACCUCACACCAACAAACAUGCCAAACUAUAACACCCCAGAACACCUAGAAAGGAUCAAAACUAAAAUCAUCGAUAAUCUAAGGUAUGUAGAAAGAGCGCCAGGGGUACAGUUUGCACAUGUGCCUCCGGACUUUUUACAAUAUGAAGACGAUGAAGAUGAGGCAGCACAACUGGAGGUGUUCGAUGAGGGUGGUGGAUUGGCAAACUCGGUAUCGUCACCACAGCGACGCGGAACGCCACCGAUUUACGUUAACCACAGAUUGAGAAGAAAAGACUACAAAAAUGAUUACUACGACCUACCAGAUAGAGACCAGCAUGUACCUAUUUAA